GGGGAGUCUUUAUCCGAGCAGCCGGAUCUACGCAACACAUCGGGUCGCACUUGAGCGCACAACUCCAAUGGAGCAGGUGAGCAGAGGGCAAUGCUCGCUGCUUAAACUAUGUGGGCAUCGCGGCCUGACGAAACUUCAUCAACUCAGGUUGAGAUCACUUUGUGUGAAUGAGCAGCUUCAGAGAGGGCGUCGUGAAUCUUUUUGGUGCUGGUUGUGUUCAUCCUUGCAUCGGACCUGCUAAAGUGAUGCUACAACAAUGCCACGAUAUGUUGUGUGUUCAACUCAACUCGGCAAGAAUGCCAUCAUACCCCAGAGAAAGCAUGUUGAUCAUUUUUGGACGCUCUUGAAUAUCCAGACUUCCAUUUGCCCUUUCGUGUUUUAGCCGGCCCAGCACAGGUCACAAAGACUUUUUUGUUCAUUUCUUGCGGUUAAGCAGCUGAAGCAUCGUAGGUGUUUCAACUUGUUCAGUUCACCGUAUUGCUUUAUUUCACAUAUAAACCCCUUGGCAUCUGGAACUCACUUUACCGCGCGACUUGCCCAAAAACUCGGCAGUUUAGUUUGAUGUCAAAGAAGUCCCCUCCUUGGAGGGGCUUAACUUUCUGAGAUCCAAAGACAACUUACUAAUUAGGUUGGAGGCCAUCGCUAUUAGGUUGGAGGAUGUUGGAGGCCAUCGCUAGUAGGUUAAAGCACUUUGAUAACGAAGCUUAACUCUAAAGUGAUCACUGUGGCGGUUUCCACUGAGACUGACUCGCCCCUCACGCCCAGGCCUCUUUGCUUUUGCAUUCCUCCUUUGUGCUUUGUGCCCCCCAGGCCACACAGCUUGGCACCUCACUCGGGCCACGCACGAAGCCAUAUGAAGCCUGAAGUCUUUCGUUUGAAUCAAAGAAAUCAUCUCGUUUUGCAUUCUUGCCGCUCUGUCGCGCGUUGUUGUGCUGGCGAGCGGCCAAAGAGACCGUUCGCCCCAAGACGCAAAUGGCAGACAUCGCUCUGCAGUGCUGUUGCCAUGCGGAUUCGAUAUGGGAGCUUGUCCAAACCUGUGCGCAGCUUGAGACCGUUGCAGCCCUAUCAUUGCCUUUUGUGGUCACAAGGCAAGUUGAAGAUGUUGAAGUUCAGCUUUUCGGUGCUGAGAAGUUCAAUGUGCAUCAGUCUCUCCAUGAAUCCAAAUGACCCAUCAAAGUCCAUCAAUACUUUUUGGAACCAAGGUGAGGAUGCUGGUUAGAGAGCUGCAAGAGAUAAGGAAUGAGUUUGGUUGACUCGGGCCGUCCUUGAAAAUAUGUUCCAGCGGCACACCGCUCAUGCAUGCCCCUGGGACUCAGUUCUGGAUUCGUAAGUGUUCAACUAAUGCUUCUUGUUCCUAAUAGCGUCCUUGCUCCUAGUAGUAAGGCCAGGAGCCCUUAGGAGCGUCC